UAGCUGUUUUACUUAUCAACUGUAACGUUUCAUCUUCAGAAAAGCAGACAGGUCUUCCUUAAAAUUGUCCUUUUAGUAGGAAAUUCUGCUAUGUUAUUUGCCAUUUUUUCCAGGUAUCUGCAGUAUUGCUGAUAGAUCAUUCUGAAUAGCAUCGUUGUUUCGUUAACAGUAAAUAUAAGUUGUAGCUUUUUCACAUUUCAUACAUGGAAUGUGUUGCGUCAUCAGUUUGGCCCGUUCGCAUUUCUGCUUGAGAAAACCAGGUUGAGAUACGAUGUUUGAGCGUGGAUGUGAUUCCCGCCUAAUCUCAUACCAUCAAGGUGAUUUAAUUACUGCGACCACCUGAAUGAAUGUGAAUAUUGUUUCGCUUGCGCCAUAACUUGCGCCUUCUGCACUGCGCGCAUGAAGUGUAAGUCGUUCGUGGAGAUGGAUGCCCUUCACACACCGAUGGAGCUCCGUUCGGUUUUGCCCAGGACUGGACCGGAACAUGGCAUGGCUGAGGUUCAACACGCUUAUAAUAACUGCCCCAUCCAGUUUGUCGCAGAAAAAUAAAUAAUAUGCCAGAAGCACUGAUUUCAUAGCAAUGACUCGACUGUUAAGAACUUUAUUUCGAUCUAGAUUUACAUUAUUAUACAGGAUUCACGAAGAUGCAAUCUGUGUACCUCCAGCGUUAGUUAGUGAGUUACAAGAAGUGUGCUACGUCUGUAAACCAUAAUUAUGAUUUUACAUACUUAUGUGGUACACACGUUGUAUAUAUACGGACAAAUUAAAUAAAUAUGAUUUUGCGGUUACCGCCGGCGUUGGGUUCAACCAUCCAAGUUUGUAAGAGCCUUUUUAACCUCAGGCACCCCGCCUCUUCCUUCUGACGUCAUGGCCCUGGUUAUUGCACGAGCUGUCUUCUAAACAGUGCACAUUGCUGCCUGCUGGCACUGAGCGCGAGAGAGCGCGAGGGAGAAAGAGAGAGAGAGAGUGAGAGAGAAAGCGGGAGCGAAGCGAGACCGUAAUUUCUCUUCAGACCAGAGGAAAAUUACCAGCGUGAACAGGCGUCGCGCGGCCGCGUGCGCGCGCUGCUGACGUUUCCUUCACGACCGAGACGAAAGGAUGGAUCUACCUGCGGCGGGGGAGCACGUCUUCGCGGUGGAGAGCAUCGAAAAGAAGCGAUUAAAGAAGGGAAGGACAGAAUAUCUGGUCAAGUGGAGGGGGUGGUCCUCCAAGUACAACACUUGGGAACCAGAAGAAAACAUCCUGGACCCUCGGCUUCUCGUUGCUUUCCAGAACAGGGAGAAGCAGGAGCAGUUGAUGGGGUAUCGCAAACGGGGACCCAAACCAAAAAAUCUUUUUGUGCAGCUUCCCUCCUUUGCCAGGAGAUCGAGUCUCUUCUCUGAGUUUCAGGAGUCAUCCUUGCAUGAGGACCACCAUUCCCAGCUGGACCCAGUCAAGAUCCACUCCCAGCCACAACAGUAUCAGCUUAACAGUAGAAAACACCAUCAAUAUCAGCCCAAUGGCAAGGAAAGUCAGACAGAGCAACAAGUUAAUGGAAAGAAGAAAUAUUUCUAUCAGCUUAACAGCAAAAAGCAUCACCAUUACCAGCCAGACCCUAAAAUGUACGAUGUGCAGUAUCAGAGGUCCAAGGAGCUCAAAGAUCAGGAGCUCAUGAAUCAUGAGUGGAAGCUUCAAAAGAAAUUAGCCUGUGACAAAACCUCAGGAUGCCUGAGUAAAAUGAAAGAGCUCUCCCUGGAAGUAAAAGGGGGUGAUGCUAGGGACAGUAGGGAGGCAACUUUCCCUCGCAGUAUCAGCAGCAAGAUGAAAAUCAUCAAGAACAAAAACAAGAAUGGCCGCAUUGUCAUUGUCAUGAGCAAGUACAUGGAGAACGGUACACAGGAUGCAAAAAUCAAAAACGGGGAUUCGUCUGGGGUAGACGAGCCACUACACAAAAUUGGGUGUGAAGUCGGAAAUCUGGACCCACUCACAGAUGGGACUGCAAAGACUGGGUGUCAUGUCCUGGAACCUAGUAUCACAAAAGAUGAUGGGGAUGUAAUGUCUCCCAAAAUAUCUAAAGAGUCUAAGAACCAGUCUUCCUUGGAAUGGGCAGAUGCCCUUGAAGACAAACUCAGUGGACCAGAGCAGCAUGAAAAGGGUUUGGCUGUGCCUCAGGGCAAAGUCCCAGAGAAGCAGCCUUCACAAGUGAGCAUCAAGCCAGAUGAGCCCCAGGCGCCCAUCUCCUUCUUGCCAGAUCGGGAUGGGGAGCAGUCUGUCCCGAUGGCAGCCCGAAUCCUCAAGCGGCGCCUCUCUGAGACAGAGGAGACCCGGGAUAGAUCCAAAGUGUUUGUCGGCUCCAGGAGCAUCAGCACUCCGGCUCCAAGCUGGCAGAUGUCCACAGAUCCACAGCUCACUAGCUACCAUUCUGACUUCCUGGACUCGGGCCUAGAGGAGCCCAUCGACCUGAGCUGUGUGAGGUCCAAGCCUGGGUCAGACUCGUUUGCUAGGGCCAAGACCCCUGCGGCAGAGGACUCGACAUGGACGAAGGAGUCUGUGUUUAGCUUUAAGCCUUUCUUGGGAAACAUCAUCAUCACAGAUGUGACCACAAACUGUCUGACUGUGACCUUUAAGGAAUACAUUUCUGUGUAAAAACCAUUUGUGCCAGAGCAUCAAAAGUAUAAAGACAAAAUGUGAAACUGUAUAGUAUAUAUGAAAAUGAAUAUUUGUACACAGAAAAAAUAUUUAUCACAAAAAAGUUGCUGAUGUUUAUAGUGUUUUUAGAUACAUAAAUGCUUUUGUGGUUUUGAGUUCAGUAGAGUACACGUAUCUUAGUGUACUUCAUAAAGUGGAAGAAUACACUGUUUUACAAUAGCUAGAUAGGGCUUAGUACAAGGCAUGAUGGCACAAGGCCGAUGGGCGUAUUAGACGUGAUUAAAAAAGCAUGUACAUAUAUAAUUUCUGUAGACAUAUUUUCUUUUUAUUGGUCUCUGACCAUGGUUGCUUUCUAACCCACAAUGUACUGUCCUGGGCUAUAUAACAUGAUGAAAAUGAGGAGAAGAUUGACAUAAGAGGGGGGUAGCCCUCAUUCACUGGGGCAUUUGGGGCAGUUGAGGAGAAUCACUCUGGGGAUACUUCAUUUCAAGGUAUCAUUGGGCCUCUCGGUCUGGUAAUGUUUUGUUAAAUGAGAUGCACUCAUUGAUUUUGUUGCCUAGGGGAGGAAAGCAGGGAUGGAGUUAGAAUGGAGUGUUACUAUUUAUAAAGAACUGUUCUAUAAAAAUUUUUCUUACAAGGUUUGUUAUGGGGUAAUAAUUGUCACUGUUCCUCUGCUGUUCUGAAAAGAGAAUAGUUCUUCCUAGUAAAUCUUGUUUACCAGGCUCUGGCAAAAAUUAUAAAAUUAUUAAUUUUCUACUUCAUCAUAUUUAGAUGCUUAGGAGGUGGUUUUAGUCAGAAAGAAUGAAACAGUGUUCUUUGCUAAUUUUUUAACUGAGUUACAAAGGCAGGACUUGUAGGACUUGAGUAUGGUUGCAAGUCCAGUCCGUUAACCACUAACUGUUGUCUAUCCGUAUAAAUACCGACUGAACAGUCUUUAUUACCGAAGAUUUUGUUUAAAUUUUUUUGUAAAAUAUAUUAUUUGAAAAGCUGGAAAGGCACUUUUAAGUCCCGUUAGUGCUGCUUUAGAAUACAGAAAUAUUACUUUAGGCUGUUUGUAAACUUCAAACACUUUAGAUGACACUGACCUUUUUUUUUUUGCCAUUUCUACAUAUGUGUGGGUCCUCUGCAAAGCGGGGAUUUUGUCUUUAAACUGGAUGUUCUGUUUCAGAGUCACACCAAUGGGGAGGUUAUGUUAUCCCUCCUUCUUUGCCUUUGCUUACGGGCCCGAGACUAACAUCAUGUAGAAAAUAAUUGUUUUUCAUGUUGUUCAAAAUGGUUACAACAUUUUCUUACCUUUCUGUAUAACAAUGUAACUUCAUAAAAGGUGAAAAAUUCAUUACAGAGACUGGGUUCGCUACCAUGUUUUGCAAUACAGAAUAAUUAUAAUAAAAAGGAAAGA